UCAUUUCCAAAAAGAAAAGAAAAAAAGCAUGGAAACCUCCAUUCACUUUUUCAUCACCCUUUUCUUCUUCAUCUCUGCUCCUCUUCCCUUUGCUAUGUCCGCACCAUUCACAAAUCUCUCUCUCUCAUUCCCCAUCUUCUACAACUCCUCCCAGCCUUCAUCAAUUCAACCACAAGGAUCUGUUGGAACCUCCUUCACGUAUAGGAAGGCUCUCUUUCUCUCAAUAACCAUAGGCACCCCACCUCAGACUCAACCAGUACUUCUCGACACCGGAAGCGAACUGUCGUGGUUGCUCCAUAGCGUUUCCAGAACCUCAGCUUAUAAUCCUUCUCUCUCGUCUUCCUUCUCUUAUCUUCGCUGCAAAAAUCAUCUAUGCAAGGAUUUUGAUUCUGCCGUUUGCGGCCAAAGAAAUAGGUGUGGCUAUUCUUUCUCAUAUGCAGACGGAACGGUAGGGGAGGGAGAAAUCGGUACAGAAGUCAUGGCUCUCUCUAAAAACUUUGUGAUCAAUUCCCUGGUAUUUGGUGUUCAGAAAAUCUCAUCAGACCCACUUCGAGGAAUUCUUGGUCUCAACAGGGGCCAACUAUCUUUCAUCUCUCAAUCCAAGGUCCCAAAAUUCUCUUACUGCAUUCCUAAUCAUGGCUCUGAAGGCACAUUUUACAUAGGAACGAACCCGAAUUCGAACUCUUUUCGCUACACCAAGCUGCUGACCUCAAAUGACAACUUGCCUUACUUCGACCACACUGCAUACACACUGAAUUUGCAUGGAAUCCGACUCGGCAAGAAGCGUUUGCCGCUGGAGAGAUCGGUCUUCCAACCGGAUCAUACUGGGGCCGGGCAAACGAUUAUCGACUCCGGGACCCAAUAUUCUUACAUGACAGGGACCAUCUAUGGAGCUCUCAAAACUGAGUUCAUGUCUCAAAAUGUGAAGUACGAGAGGUGGAUCAAGAGUGGGUAUGUGCAUGAGGAUGUCUUGGACUUAUGCUAUGAGAUGAAUGGAGGAGAGGUAGAGGGUUUCCUUAAGAGCAUCAACCACUUAUUUUUAGAAUUUGGGGAUGGAGUUGAAAUGAAGUUAGGUGGACUAAACCUGUUGCAUGAGGUUAUGUCUGGGAUUUGGUGCUUUACCUUUGGGAACUCGGAUUAUCUUGGUUCAGAGAUUAACAUAAUUGGGAAUCACCAUCAACGUAACAUGUGGGUGGAGUAUGAUGCUCAAAACUAUCGCCUUGGCUUUGCUCCUGCACGUUGCUAGAGAAACAGGGAGAUUUGUGAAAGUCAUGGUGCAGUUUCUAUGAAGUUAAUUCCAAUAAGUCAAGGUAAACUAAAAGAAAAAAAGAAAAUAAAUGAGAAUUUCCACCAGUCCAAGCCUUAUGAACCAUUAUGUGCGGUGUUUAA